AUGUGUCAGUUAAUCACGUCCAAUUCUUUUUUUUUUCUCUUUUAUUCUCACUCUGUCUCUGUUUCUAUUUCUCUCUCUCUCUCUCCUUCAAUUCAUUUUCUACCUUUCUCCUUCUUAUUCUUUUUUCAUCUUCUUGCUCUUCUUCCGACUUUCUCAUUCUUGUUUAUUUUCUUCUGCCAAAUUUUACAUUCUGUGCCGCCAUUUUCCAUCCUCUUUUUACUCGUUUUACUUUCUCCUUUAUCUUCUACGACUUUUCUCGUUUGUUUUUUUUACCUUCUUUCUUCUUCUUCUUCUUCUUCUUCUUCUUUCUAUUCCUUUUCUCAUAUUUUCCUCUUCUCCCUUUUCUUCUACCGUCUUUCUCUUUUUUUUCUCCUCCGCUUUUCUCAUUCUUCUCCUUAUUUUUCUUUUUUCUUCUACCCCCUUUCUCAUUUCUAUCGCUUUUCUCGUUUUUCUCCUUCUUUUUCUUUUUUUAUUCUGCCUCUUUUGUCAUGUUUUCUCUACUGCUUUUCAAGUUCUCGUCCUUUCUCGUUUUUCUUGUAUCGCCUUUCUCGUUCUUCUCCUUUCUCGUUUUUUUUUCAUAUACCACUUUUCACGUUCUUCUCCCUUUCCUUCUACCGUCUUUCUCUUUUUUUCCCCUCCGCUUUUCUCAUUCUUCUACUUAUUUUUCUUUUUUCUUCUGCCUCUUUUCUCAUAUUUUCUCGACCGCUUUUCAAAUUCUCGUCCUUUGCCAUUUUCUUGUAUUGCAGUUCUCGUUCUUCUCUUUUCUCAUUUUUUUUUCUUAUACGGCUUUUCACGUUCUCCUCGCUUUUCUUCUACCCACUUUCUCAUUUCUAUCUCGUUUUUCUCCUUCUUUUUCUUUUUUUUAUUCUGCCUCUUUUGUCAUGUUUUUUCUACCGCUUUUCAAAUUCUCGUCCUUUCUCGUUUUUCUUGUAUCGCCUUUCUCGUUCUUCUCCUUUCUCGUUUUUUUUUUCAUAUACCACUUUUCACGUUCUUCUCCCUUUCUUUCAACCGUCUUUCUCAUUUUUUUUUCUCCCGUUUUUAUUUUUUUUCUUCUCCUACCACCUUUCUCGUCUACCUUCUAACGGCUUUCUUUUUUCUGACCUUUUUCUUUUUCAAUCGCCUUUCUCCUUUCGCUUCCACCGUCUUUUCUUGUUCUUGUUCUAUUUUUUCUUCUACCCCCAUUCUGGUUAUUUUCUCGUUUUUCUUUUACCGCCAUUCUCGUUCUAG